AUGAAGCCUGACCCCAACCUGAUCUGGAUCAUAACUGCGAUGCUUCUUGUCCAGCUGAUUUCACUUUACCUAGUGAAAGACUUGGAUUGGAAAUGGGUCAUAUUUUGGUCCUAUGUUUUUGGCAGCUGCCUUAACCACUCAAUGACUCUGGCUAUCCAUGAGAUUUUCCACAAUUUCCCCUUUGGCCACCACAAGGCAGUAUGGAACCGCUGGUUUGGAAUAUUUGCUAACCUCCCUAUUGGAGUUCCAUAUUCAGUUUCCUUUAAGAGAUACCACAUGGACCAUCAUCGAUACCUCGGAGCUGAUGGCAUUGAUGUGGCUAUUCCUGCCGAUUUUGAGGGCUGGUUCUUCUGCACCACCUUCAGGAAGCUUGUCUGGGUUAUCCUUCAGCCUCUCUUUUAUGCUUUUAGACCCCUGUUCAUCAAUCCCAAACCAAUUACUUAUCUGGAAAUCAUCAAUACCGUGACCCAGAUCAUUUUUGACAUUAUAGUUUACUAUGUUUUUGGAAUUAAAUCUCUAGUCUACAUGUUGGCAGCCUCCCUGCUUGGCCUAGGUUUGCACCCAAUUUCUGGGCAUUUUAUAGCCGAACAUUACAUGUUCUUAAAGGGACACGAAACUUACUCAUAUUAUGGGCCUCCGAAUCUGCUGACCUUCAAUGUGGGCUAUCAUAAUGAACGCCAUGACUUCCCCAACGUUCCUGGAAAAAAACCUGCCCCUGUGAGGAAAAUAGCAGCUGAAUGCUACGAUAAACUCCCCCAGUACAACUCCUGGAUCAAAGUGCUGUAUGAUUUUGUGAUGGAUGACACAAUAAGUCCCUACUCACGGAUGAAGAGGCCUCCAAAAGGGAGUGAGAAUCUGGACUAAAUAUCACAGCCAAAG